GUUAUUAAAGAUGGCGAAUUUAUUCGUUCUUCUUGUCAUUUUGCUGUAAUGGUGAUGCUCGAUCGUUGUGUAAAAACGUAUUUGUGUAUGUUGGUAUAAAAUGGCUGACACCGGUCUACGUAUGAAUUUCGCCGCAUUAAAGAGGGCAGAUCCAUAUGCACGAGAAAUAAUUGACAGUGCUACCCACGUUGCACUUUAUACAUUUGAAGAAAACGAAUGGGAGAAAACUAACAUCGAAGGUGCUUUGUUUGUGUACAGUAGAAAUGGUGAACCUUACCACAGUUUGGUGAUUAUGAACAGAUUAAAUACUAAUAAUCUUAUUGAGCCUGUUUCAAAAGGAAUUGAAUUACAAUUAAAAGAACCUUUUCUAUUAUAUCGGAACGCGAAGUGUCGUAUUUACGGCAUAUGGUUUUACGAUAAAGACGAGUGCGUUAGAGUUGCAACCAAACUGAAUUCUAUAGUUAAGGAUUCUACUAAAGCGCCAAACGACAUGUCCCAGAAUCCAGCAUACCCAACGCCGGUAAAACCGAGCGCUUCAGUCGACAUAUUCAGCAUGUUGAGCAAAGCUCAAGAUGAUUUUAAUACUAAUAAGGGAAUGGCGACUAAUAAAAAUGAUUUGACUCCAUCACGAGCACCCGACAUGGCAUCACAAAGUGUAAUGGAUUUCUUCGCCAAAGCAGGCAGCGGUGCUGCUGCACAAAUGCCUGCAGUAUCUUCUCUUCCAUCACCGGGAAUCUUUGGACCUAGGCCGACUGACGCUCGUGAGGGUCCUUUAUUGCUGCAGAGGCUGAUGAGUAACCCAGCACAUUCAGUUGAGCAUAUUGAAAAACAACAGCGCUCUGUCACUCCACAGGAUGCACAAACAUCAAAUGGAAAUAUUUCUAUAGAUUCGACUAUGAGGCAAAAUAAUUCUUAUCAACUAAAGUCUACCCCGAUAGAGAAACAAAAUCAACAAAGGAUAAAUCUCAAGAAAAUGCAGCAGCUAGAAGGUGUUGACAAUGGCCCGAAUCCAUUAGAAAAUGAAUUAAAUUUGAUGCACAUUUCUUCACCAAAACCAACAUCACCUUUAGCAUCAUACUUAAAUCAGUCUCAAGAUAUUGGGCAUCAAGUGGGCUCCUAUAAUGGUGGUAAGUUAGAUGAGGUAGGUGGAGUUUUUCCAAUUAUAAAUACUUUAGCAAACCAGCAAAAACCUGCUCUAAUGCCUCCUACGAUGUUCACGGCAACUAGUGGAAAUGACAUGCAGCCCUCUCCAGAGCCCCUCACUAGAAAUCAGCUUCUGCAGGCUUUUAAUUAUUUAUUAAAACAUGACUCUGAUUUUGUUAACAAAUUACAUGAGGCCUAUGUUAAAUCAUUUUCAGAAAAGGCCUUUUCAGUUUCAUAAACUUCUUUCUUUUGGACAAACCACUGAAAUCGCCAGUGGACAUGUACAGUUGUAAUUUGAAGUAUAAAUCCUCUUUAAAUGUAGACCCUGUAGUUUUGUAGUUACUUGUUUGGACAGAGUAUUUUUAAAUAAGUUUUAAACCUUUGACAGUGUCAUAUAAAUCUGUAUAGUAAAUGAAUUUUAGUGACUUCAAAAUGUCAAAAGUCACAUUAUGUAACGGAAAAGCUAUUUGUGAUAUAUAUAUAUUGGCUAAUACUUUUACUCUGUUGUCCUUCCAGAUUUUCUAUGUAAGACAAUUAUUGUCAUAAGAAACUCAGUGAUAUUGUUAGAUAGCUUGACAAUACAAAAAUCUUUUUUUUUUGUUAGCUUAUGUAACUGGUAUGUAUAACUAUCACAUUAUAUUUGUAACUAUAUAUGACUAUUUGCAUAUGAGUGCCAAGAAAAUGUCUGGCCAUAAUUUAUAAAAAUGUUCAUUGCAAUAUUUAUCUAUCUUCUAAUGCAGCCGAAGUUUAAAGUAGGAUAUGUCUUUUAUAGAUAUAUAAUAUAAAUAAUAUUGUUUGUUUAUACAUAUGCAAUGAGUUUUGAAACAUAAGGACAUUAUUUUGACUUUGUAUUGUUUAUAAGGACUGCAAAAUUUUGCUAUUUAUAUACAUAUCUUUAAUUUUUUUAAUUCUUAAUAUACCACUCAUUUACUUUUUCUUUACUUAUGCAUGCAUAAGGUCUUACUUCACGAGAUAUUUAUGUUUGUGGUAUGAAUAUCUAAAAUUCAUUUAAUUCCCUUUUGUUUUUAUUUUCUUUGGUUCAACUUUUCAAAGGAAUGCCAUUUUAUUUUUUAAAUUAUAAAGUGUAAAUUUUCGAGUUAGUAUUUUGAUAUAAAUGCAAGAUAGCUUGUGAUUUACAAUAAAUAAAAACGAUGUUUCGUUCAAAAACUCAAUGUAAUAGCUUAAUAUGAAUACUCACAUUAAUGUCUGAUACAAAACACUAUUUUUGUUUGUUUAAAUUGCCAAUUAUUACUAAAUCUACUCUGUUAUACUCCUUUUGUAUAUAAUAAAUGUAUUGGCAACAUUUGUUCCAUAAAUGUCACAUAUGUCAUUCAUGUUCAUAUUAUAAAAAUGAAUAAAGCUAUUUUGAAUUUUCAUACUCAUAAUUCUUUUCUUCAUAAUAUUCUUCAUUUCUAAAAUAAUGAUAUGAUGGAAUGUGA